UAGCAAUCUGGCCCUUGCACUGCCAGCAGCCCACAGCUCUUGCUCGUCUCUCCUGCCCACACACUUGGUGAGCAGCCUGGCACUGCUGUCCCCAAGAAACCCCCAAGCCAGCUCCCAUCUGGAAGAAGCACUGUGUCAUUGUGCCCUGAUAUUCUACAGCAACAGGAGAGCUGCCUGCAGAGACCCUCACAGCCAGGCUUGCUGAUUUCCUGAUUUGCUUCAGGUUAUCACCAGCUCUUCGUGCUGCAUUCCUCCUGCUGCUCUCAUGCAGUUGCUGCUUUGCCUGACUCCCAGCUGCUGCGCUCUGAGCCCACAAUCUGGAGAGAUUGUAUCUGUCAAGGUAUCUGAAUUCCCUCAUGAGAAGUGUCCUACCAGUUUCUCAUGUGCAGCCGCACCGUCCAUGGGUAGCAACAGUUUAACUGAUGUCCUGAAGAGCAUUCCUCACCAUGGAUAGUCCACCAAAGCUGACUGGCGAGACUCUGAUUGUCCAUCACAUUCCUCUUGUGCAUUGCCAGGUCCCGGAUAGGCAGUGCUGCUCUGUGAACAAAAGGACCAACCCCUUCUGUCAGCCAGAUCUUGGCAUUACACGCACCUCUACCCUUCCAGAAAGAGACCUUUCACAGACCGACUCCUUGGUGUACAGCAGCUUUCUCCAGGCCUCUGAAUCCUCAGCAGAGGCCUCAGACAACAAAGAAGGCAAAGUAAGGGACUUGGUUGUCCCUAGUGCCAGUAAGCGACACAACCCUUUCUUACUGACUGAGGGUGAAGAUCUCAGCAUCUUUGGGGAUGACUUGGGUCAAAAGUCUUUCCACCUUCACAACUCCCUUGUGGGUGGCAAACCUCCCUUUCAUCUGCAUGAGCUGACGUUGCACCCUUUCCACCUCCACGACUCCAACCAGAUUGUGAAAUCCUGGAACAUGGCAAGCCGAUCCAGUGUGGUAGAUGGGCAAGAGGACAAAAUCAGCAGUGAUGACAUCCAGAAGAGGAACAAUGCGAACCGGUGCCACCAGGCCACAGAACGCAUGGAGCUUGAUGAAUGCAGCUGCAAUCGUGGCAGCUCCUCCAGCUUCUCCUUCGAUGGUGGUGACCAGGAGUGGAAUCAAAAUACAGGUGAAUCACUGGGGAACCAUGAUGCCCUGCAUAGCCGGACGUGCAGCUGUUCCAGCUCAGACCUCCAACACUGUCGCUGCUACAGUUCAUCAAGUCAGUCUGAAGUGAUUGACCAGCAGAUGGGCUACAUCAGUGACUCUUCUUGCAACAGCUCUGAUGGGGUGCUGGUGAACUUCAGUGCUCUCUACAAUAAAAUGAAUGGCCAUUCUCGAUCUAACCUGAAUUCAGCCAACCUGUCCUGUGACUCUUCCUUCUGCAGCCACUCAGACACAGGGGCUUUUUACUUGGAUUUGCAUUCGUCACCCACAGAGUCCAAGAUGUCUUGUGAGUCUCAUCACCCGGAGAGUUCAGGGAAGACAUGUGAGUGUCACCGUUCUUCCUCACCAGUUCUUGAUGCUAACUGCAACUCCUACCACCUCCACUGUGAGCCUUGCACUUCAGAGAGCUCAGACCUCACUGCCUGCUUCCAGAGCCAAGCACGGCUUGUUGUGGCUACUCAGAAUUAUUAUAAGCUAGUCACAUGUGACUUGUCUUCCCAGUCAUCUCCCAGCCCCGCAGGAUCUUCCAUAACUAGUUGCUCAGAAGACCAGACCAAAGGUAGCCCAGCUCAGCCCACUGAAUACUAUCUUUUUAGAAGGCCUGACCUAAGAGAAGAAGAAGGCAAUGUGGAGUGCAGUGAAGAGGAGACAAAGGGAGAAACCACAGAGAACAUGAUUGAAGGCCAGGUCUAUGUAAACGUAUCGCCACCUAACCUCAACACAAACCGGCAGCGCUCCAGAAGCUAUGAUCAGAACCUGGACAGGAGUCCUGGCAACAGGCUGGGGUCUUUGGAGCGUAUGGUGAGCUGUCCAGUUAAGUUGAGUGAAAGUCCAGCAAUACCCAUUCAGAGCUCCCCACCAAAGCGAGUGACAUCUUUUGCUGAACUUGCUAAAGGCAGGAAAAAGAACAGCACCUCGCCACCACUUCGGUGCAGUGGAGAUUCCUCCUUGGAGUUCUCCCCUAUCCCUGAGGCACAACGGGACUGCCCAACCUUCCUUGAAGAAAGAGCUCACCGCAGCCAGAGUCUUCCACCCAUGCCCUUCAUCCAUGGCCUGAACCGAAGCUGCGAGGGCUUCUGUUUGAAUCACCCUUUUGGGGACAGACAGGCUUUGUGUUCCACCAAAGACUCAGGACCCAAUGAGACCGUCCCCAGUGGGCAUGGGGCAGGUGAGCAAGCCUCUCUCACCCUGCUGACGGAGGCAGAUGCCAACUUCUCAGGUAGUUCUACCAGUGGCCAUGGACAAAGAGAUGUUAGAGCUCGAGCAGACGGUGGAGGCACAGAGAGCAAGCCUGUGGUACGCUACAGCAAGGACCAGCGUCCCACAACACUGCCCAUCCAACCGUUCGUUUUUCAGCACCAUUUCAGCAAGCCACCCAAGACUCGUGCUCUGCACAGCCAUUUUGCCUCCAGUCUUUCCCAACUUUACAGCUUAUCCAGCAACCGACCUGCAAGCCAGCAGAUCUCUUCGAGUUCCCAGAACUCUGCUGCCCUGGCAGAGCAGUCAGCAAUGGCUGGAGGCCAAGCCCAUGGCAUGCUCCUGACCCAGCGUUCAGCAGAUGGAGCUGCCUCUCUUAAUGAUGGGUGCAUCAAGAAGACGGCCCCGGAGACAACCCGGCCAUCCCCACUGGGCAGUUACUCUCCUGUGCGAUGCAACGUGCCUUUCUUUCAGAGCAUGGACUCCUCUUCCUCGCCCACCACUGAGCGAGCUGGAGAAAGCCAGCCUCCCAGGAGCAGGUCCUGCCCCAUCUCUGCCAGCCUGCUUCCAACCAGGUCUUCCCCUGCUGUCAGCGCCAUGCAGCCCACUCAAGUCACCAAAGUUGAUGCCCCGAGGCAAAAUGAGAACCUCAGGCCUGUUCCCAAGAAAGAGGCACCUCUGGAGCCAAGCCCACCGUUCUCUGAGUACCGACUCCACAGCAGGUCCCUCCUGCCCCUUUCUCUGAGUAGUGUGCCGAUGAGCCGAGUGGGAGCCCAGGCAGAUCCCCACUGGAGGCGUGGCAGUGAGACCAGCAGCUCUGGUCCACUGAGCAGCAUGGGAGGACGGCCCCUCAAUGCGAACCACCUCUCCCCUCAAGCGCUGAAGUGGCGAGAGUACAGGCGGAGGAAUCCCCUGGGCCUGGACCGUGUUUCAGGGCUGCCCAGCUUAGCCAGCAACCUAGACAGGAGACAGCAAGAGCCCCGGCUGAACCGAGGGAAUCCCAUCUUUGAGUUCCCUGGCUCUCUCAACACCAGCCAUUUCCACUGCAAGCUGAAUGGACAGUCUAUGAGGCAACUCCAACUUACCUACACUGACUUCUUCCCUGACUACUUCUCACUAGCUGAGAAACCCCCUGCUGAGUUCUGUCUCUCCCCAGAUGGCAACACAGAGUCCAUCUCUAUCGACUUGCUGCAGAAGAAGGGCCUGGUGAAGGCAAUCAACACUGCUGUUGACCUGAUUGUGGCUCACUUUGGAACCAGCAGGGAUCCAGGGGUGAAGGCUAAACUUGGGAACAGCUCUGUGAGCCCCAACGUGGGGCAUCUCAUACUGAAAUACCUGUGCCCAGCUGUCCGGGACAUCCUGAGUGAUGGGCUCAAGGCCUACGUCCUGGACAUGAUCAUUGGCCAGAGGAGGAACAUACCCUGGAGCGUGGUGGAAGCAUCCACCCAACUAGGCCCCUCUACCAAGUUGCUACACAGCCUCUAUAGCAAGAUCAGCCAGUACACGGAGCUCACCAACCACACCAUGCGGUUCAAUGCGUUCAUCUUUGGCCUCCUCAAUAUCCGGUCAUUGGAGUUCUGGUUCAACCAUCUCUAUAACCAUGAAGAUAUCAUCCUGGCGCACUACCAACCGGUGGGCUUCUUAUGCCUGUCUCAUAAUGUGUGCCAGCCUCUUUUUGAGGAGCUCCUGCUCCUGCUGCAGCCUCUCUCACUGCUGCCCUUCAACCUGGACCUCCUUUUUGAGCACCACCUGAUGCAGAUGGGCAAAGAGCAACAGCAGCAAAAGGAGCUGCUGCGUGUGAAGCAGGACCUGCUGCUUUCUGCACACUCCACCCUGCAGCUGAUGAGGACACGAGGCAGCAGCGAGGAUCCCGAUGGCUGCAGCACUGCCCCUGAAGCAUGCAAAGUUGGUGGCAGAGAUGGUGGCACAUCACCAGGCCACAGCCCUGAGCGAGCUGCAAGUGAGAGGGUCAAGGGAGUGGGAGCCUCUUGUGGAGAUGGGGACAGAGAGGAAGAACGAAGGAAGGUGCAAGAGAGCAUGUGGGAAGGGAAGAAGGACAAGCAGGCGGGCUGGUGGUACCAGCUCAUGCAGAGCUCUCAGAUUUACAUUGAAGGCUCAACUGAAGGCUCGAAGUUCAUCCGUUAUGAAAAGAAGAAGGCUUUGAGCGGCGUGCCUGGUUCAGCUGAGUCCCAUGAGACACCACCCCCGCGUGAAGGGGUAGUGGAGGGAGCAGAAGCGUGCCACAUUGCUGAGGGCAGCUUGGAGGAGAAGCCCAAGGCUGCCAGAAGGCCAAGCCCUGAAACUAUGGAAGAGCCACCGGAGAAGCCCCAGCAUGUGCCAGGGGGUGAAGAGGUUAAGGAACGGAGCUGGCCCUUCUGGAUGGGCAGCCCCCCAGACUCAGUGGUUACAGAGCUGAAGCGCAGCAAGGAGAAAGAGAUGGGGACUCAGCUAAAAGUGGGAGCAGCAGCAGCCCCCCAAGAAGAGAGCAGUGCCAGUGCAUCAGAGGGCAGCCAGCCCAUCAAGUGGGGACACUUGUUUGGAUCCAGGAAGGUGCAGAAAGAGCCCAGGCAACCUAACAGGUUGCCCUCCGGCUGGCUGAGCCUGGACAAGUCUGUGUUCCAGCUGGUGGCCCAGGUCGGAGCAAGCAUGUGGCGAGAAACAGCCCCUGAGCCAGAACCCACCCAGCCAGAGCCUCCUGAAGUGUCACCUGCACCACAGCCAGCCCGGGGACUGUGUGCCAGUCCUCCCUGUGAGGUGAAAGCUCUUUGCCAUCACAUUGCCACCGAGGAAGGACAGCUGAGCUUCAACAAAGGGGAUAUCCUGCAGGUCAUCUCCAAGGUGGAUGGUGACUGGCUGCAGUGCAGUCUCGGCUCCGAGAAGGGACUCGUGCCCAUCAUGUACGUGACCCACCCGGAGGACGAGGACUAUUAAUGUGGCUGACAGGCCAAGCACAGUACCAUGGGCUGCUGAGGCUCCUCUGAGGAUGCCCAGAGAAGCAAACACAGCUUCUUGCUAGUUUCUUACCUUUCUUGCCAUUACAGAAUACAGUAACCGUAGGUGGUUCCUUCUUGCUCCUCCUUGUGCAGCUGCCAAAGGCCAAACUGGCCCAUGGAGCCUUCUGCAAGCUGUACCUCGUAUUGCCAGGCAUUGCCGUGCAUGCAGCCACACCAGGGACCGUUAGAGUCCCCUCCACCCCACGCCAUUUCCAGCACCCAUAGGUGGUGGGUUUGUAUGUAGCAGGAAUCGAAACAAUCCCUGCCAGAGCAGCACUGGCUCAGUUUCACACUGCAGGGUGCAGGAGAAUGGCCCCUCCCAGGGGUGGCCGUGCAGCUUCCAGCACCCCAGUGUUAUUGGGGUGGGAGCACCGUGCACUGCCAAUGCUGCCCGGCCUCGGCCUUGGGAGGGAAGGGGUGUGUGUGUGUGUGCAGAGCGAGGGUGCGUGGGGUUGUGAGGAAGGCACGUGGAUGUUCGGUGUGAUGUAGGUCCAGGUGAGGUAGUGCCACCCUGUGCAGAGAUAGGUGAUGUGGGGAUGUGCCCUCCAUGCUGAGCAGGUCACCUCAGAUGCCCUGAGGUGCUCAGUGGAGGGAAAGUGGGAGGGGAGGGGAAGGGGGGCGAGGGCAGGGUCCCUGACAGGGCUAGGGAUGGGAUGCUUUUGGGGUUUGGGAGCCAUGCUCCCAGCAGAAACAGCGGGGGAGAUGGGGAUAGGAAAUGCUCCCCGUGGUGUGAGUUUGGGGGAUAAGUGUUGCGUGUGAACACAAGGGGCUGCUGGGAGUCCAGGGCUCCUCAGCAGAGGCAAUGUCAGUCAGUCCCUGCCUUGCCAUGCUCUUGGGUGGUGUGGGGAUCCUCACCUGCCACUGGGUGAGUGACAGUGUUAGCGAAAGUCCGUGCCAGUAUUUGGUGCCUUGGCCAGGCGGAUGCUGCUCAUGGUGUCUUGCCUGGGCUGGCUUCCCCAUGGCGAGGGGCCCUGGUCUUGCAAGGUUACCUCCUGCUUGUACAUCGCUUAGCGGACGUUGCACCAUAUUUAAUUUGUAUUUCCCUGUUAGAACGAGGUGUCUCGCCUUUAUUUAUUUCUUUAUUUAUGAUGCAUAUUAAUAAAAAGGUGCUGAUUGAG